AUGUCUACAAAAUCUGUUAAUGUUGCUGUCAUUGGUGCAGGUGUUGUUGGGACUGCUUUCUUGGACCAAAUCAUCGCCAUGAAAUCAUCUAUCAAUUAUAAUUUAAUUGUCGUUUCUGAAACUGAACAUUGCCUAAUCUCUAAGGAUUAUUCUCCUUUGGCUCUCAAUGCUCAGUGGAGAAAGACUCUGGAUGCUAGCAGCGCAAAAGCUUUGUCAAUGGAAGAAAUGCUAGAAUAUUUGAAAAAAUCUCCAAUUCCUGCUAUAUUAGUCGACAAUACAUCAAGCGCUUAUAUUUCUGGUUAUUAUACAAAAUUUGUGGAGGCUGGUAUCUCUAUUGCUACCCCAAACAAGAAAGCCUUCUCUUCUGAUAUGACUACAUGGAAUACGUUGUUCAGCAACAAACCAAGCAAUGGACUGGUUUAUCAUGAAGCUACCGUUGGUGCUGGCUUACCAAUUAUUGGGACUUUAAGAGAUUUCCUACAAACUGGAGAUGAAGUGGAAAAAAUUGAGGGUAUCUUCUCUGGUACAUUAUCCUAUAUUUUCAAUGAAUUUUCCACCACCAAGCCAAAUGAUAUUAAGUUUUCUGAUGUUGUUAAAGUAGCAAAAGAAUUAGGUUACACCGAACCUGAUCCUAGAGAUGAUUUAAAUGGUUUAGAUGUUGCUAGAAAAGUUACCAUUGUUGCUAGAAUUUCUGGCUUGAAUGUUGAAUCUCCAACUUCUUUCCGAGUACAAUCAUUAAUUCCUAAACCAUUAGAAUCAAUUGAAUCUAGUGAACAAUUUUUGGAAAAAUUACCUCAAUAUGAUAACGAAUUGACUAAGUUAAAGGAAGAAGCUGCUGCGGAAAAUAAAGUGCUAAGAUUUAUUGGGAAAGUUGAUGUUCCAACCCAAACUGUUUCUGUUGGUAUUGAAAAAUACGAUUAUUCUCAUCCUUUUGCUGCUUUAAAGGGAUCUGACAACGUUAUUUCUAUAAAAACUAAAAGAUACACAAACCCAGUCGUUGUUCAAGGUGCCGGUGCUGGUGCCGCUGUCACUGCUGCUGGUGUUUUGGCUGAUACCAUAAAGAUUGCUCAACGAAUUGCUAUCUAA